UAAAUCAGAUAAGAAUUUGGAUUGUCUGGUAAAAUAUAUUAAGAAAAAGAAACUGUUAGUUUUCAGCACGUGACCGUGACAACGGAAGAAGACAUUGAGAGUACACUCUUCUCAUUAUACAAGGUGUGGAACGCCAUUCUUUGCCUCUUCACUCUGUCUAUUUCAUUGCCAAAAACUCUGUAUUGAGGAACAAAGGAAAAAAGGAGUUUUUUUUCAAGAAGAAGAAGAGAAUGAGAGAGUAUGGCAGUAAGUAUUCUCUCACCAGUGCUUUUAUAAUGCUGAUUCUUUUACACAAUGUAAAUGGCGAAGACCCUUAUCGAUUUUACACUUGGAAAAUCACUUAUGGUGACAUUUAUCCUCUGGGUGUCAAACAAAAGGGAAUUUUGAUAAAUGGGCAGUUUCCAGGGCCACAGAUUGACUGUGUCACCAAUGAUAACUUGAUUAUCAGUGUUUACAACUACUUGAAUGAGCCCUUUCUCCUUUCUUGGAAUGGCUUACAGCAAAGGAGGAACUCAUGGCAGGAUGGAGUUUAUGGUACUACCUGUCCGAUUCCACGGAGGAAAAACUUCACUUACGUCCUUCAAGCGAAGGACCAGAUAGGCACCUAUUUCUACUUUCCAUCACUUGCACUCCAUAAGGCUGCAGGAGGAUAUGGUAGCAUCAAAAUUUCCAGCCGUCCUCGAAUUCCAGUGCCUUUCCCUCCUCCUGGGGGGGAUUAUGCCAUCCUUGCUGGGGAUUGGUACAAGAGAAGUCAAAGGCAACUGAAGUAUUUCUUGGAUACCGGUCACAAUCUUCCCUUCCCCGAUGGCCUUCUGAUCAAUGGUCGAGGGUGGAAUGGAUACACAUUUACAGUUGAUCAAGGCAAAACCUACAGGUUCAGGAUAUCGAAUGUCGGACUUACAACUUCCAUUAACUUGAGAAUCCAGGGACACUCAAUGAAACUAGUUGAGGUAGAAGGAUCUCACACGCUUCAGAAUAUGUACUCUUCCCUCGACAUCCAUUUAGGGCAGUCUUAUUCAGUCUUGGUCACAGCCAACCAGCCAGCAAAGGACUAUUACAUUGUAGUUUCCUCGCGCUUCACCUCUAAAGUGCUCACCACUACUGCCGUUCUCCAUUACAGCAACUCAUUUACCAAAGUUUCCGGUCCUCCCCCUGGUGGACCAACAACUGAGAUUGCUUCGUCUUUGAACCAGGCCAGAUCAAUACGUUGGAAUCUGACAGCCAGUGGACCUAGACCUAAUCCUCAAGGCUCAUACCACUAUGGAAUGAUCAAGCCCUCUAGGACCAUUAUUCUUGCUAACUCUGCUCCAUAUAUAAAUGGCAAACUAAGAUAUGCUGUCAACGGUGUAUCAUAUGUUUCCCCAGACACUCCCUUAAAGUUGGCCGACUACUUUAAGAUUGGAGGAGUUUUCAGCAUUGGAAGCAUCCCUGACAGACCUCCAUGGGGAAAUGGAGGAUAUCUUGCAACCUCUCUUAUGCAUGCUGAUUACCGAUCUUUUGCUGAGAUUGUGUUCCAAAAUUGGGAGGAUACUGUCCAGUCUUGGCACAUUGAUGGAUAUUCUUUCUUCGUUGUUGGAAUGGAUGGUGGACAGUGGACUGCUGCGAGUAGGUCAAGAUACAAUUUGAGAGACACAGUUGCCCGUUGUACGACUCAGGUGUAUCCAAAAUCUUGGACUGCAAUAUACAUAGCUUUGGACAAUGUGGGAAUGUGGAACAUAAGGUCUGAGAACUGGGCAAGGCAGUACUUGGGUCAGCAAUUCUACUUAAGGGUUUACACCCCGUCGACUUCAUGGAGGGACGAAUAUCCUAUUCCGAGGAAUGCUCUUCUUUGUGGCCGAGCAAGAGGGCACCACACUCGACCCCUCUGAUGGCCUAAAAUCUGUCACGAGAGGGUGACCGAAUUCACAGGAAGGGAAAUGCACAACCAUAACUUAAGCAGCUCAACUCGAGCUAUGAGUUAUAUUGAUUUAUUAGAGUAUUCAUCACUUGCAUCAAUUUUCUGAAUUGAUUUUGUCUGAAUUAUUGGAAUAAUUUUAUGAUUAAUUUCUCCUAUUAGUCCUGGUGUUAAAAGGCCAAUACACGGACCAAAUUGUUCUAUCUAGUUACCAUGGAAAAAAAAAACAGUAAUUUUAUCA